CAGUUGUCGAGUUACAUGGCCUUUUUCCACGUUAUGAUAGCCUGGAAGAUUAGAAUCUCUCACCUUGUUCGCAAGACAACGUACCCAACAAAAAUCCAAAUCCCCCACCAUUUCCAAGAUUUUCUCUUUCCCUAAAUGCCAAAGCCUCUCUCUCUCUCCGACUCGUGAUCUGACUCAUCUCACCAUCUCACUAUCGAAUACGAAAUGGACGAUUCCAAUCGCCUUAAAUCCCACCCUCGCCGUGAACAACCUCGUUGCCGCCGUUCAUGGUGUUGCUCUUUCACCGUUCCGCCGCGUAGUCCCGAAAACCCCAUCCUCUCUCACCCCAAAACCCUUCACAAAUCGGAAACGCCCUCCAAAUCCGCCAGUUCCUUUCCCAACUCUCCCCAGAGCACCAGACUCGGCUUGGUGGGUCGGAUCGACCCUCGCCGGAUCUUGUCCCCGGGUCGGGUCUCCCCUAUCGACUCGGAUGCCACCCCCGACUCGAUUCAAGAAAUCAUCGUCUCACAGCCUUCGCAGAUCGCCAUUUCGAGUGCACGUUCGAGAUCGGAGUGUUCGGAGAAGUUGCCGGCGCCGGAGGGUAUGGCGGGUUCGAAUGGUGGUGUGAAGGAGGGGGAUAAUUCGGGGAUUUUCGAUGUGAGGUUGAAUUUGAAGGGAAAAAAUGGGGGUUGUUUGGUGCUGGAACUGAACUCGGAGGUGUUGAGUUCAAAUAGUUCGCUUUUUGCGGAGUUGAUUGCGGAUUACAGGAAAGGGUCAAGUGGUUCGGCCACGAAGCUGUGUAGGAUUGAGGUUCCCGAGGUGGAUAACUUGAAUGUGUUUCGUGAAACUAUCGAGCUGAUGUUUGAAGAAGACAUCACAAAGCGGCUCUUGAAGAUUGGGGUAUAUAGGUCAAUUGAUAUACUUGAGGUAUCAGCAGGCAUCAAGUUCAUAAAAGGCAUUUUGUCCUGUUUAAAAUACCUUGAGGCAGUUCCUUGGAGUGAGGAAGAAGAAGAGAAACUCAGGAAUCUGUUUAAUCGGUUCCAGUUUGAUGAUACAACAACUGGAGAUAUCUUGGCCAGACUCUAUUCCCUGGGGUCAGUAGAUUCCCAACAAAAUUUAGCUAGACAGCUGAUUUGGUCUAUCACCACUUGUGUGGACGCCAACACAAGGAAUGAGCUCAAGUCCUUGGUCAAGGGUCUCCUGUGCAAAAGCUCAGUCUAUGAGAAGGACUAUCCCGACCUUAACAAAGAGGAUCUGUAUGUUGUUUGCCAGUCUUGUCUUGAUUCACUGGGCAGACUGUUUGCAGAGGCUUCUGGCACAAAUCCGAAUGGAAACGUUUCAAAGGAAGAGGAGGGUAAACCUUUAAUUGAACGCAUCUCAAGGCAGGUCGAUAAUAUUAACUGGCUGCUAGAAAUCCUGCUUGAUCGGCAAAUGGCCGAGGAGUUUGUGGACAUGUGGGUAGAUCAAGGUGAGUUGCGCAGCAUGCACGAGAGUUCUUCUCCAAUGGUUAGGUAUGAGGUCAGCCGGGUGUCAGCUAUGUUGUUUAUUGCAAUGGGGACCAGAAAUUUGCAUUGCCGAUCAGAAGCAAGAUUGGGGCUACUCCAGGCCUGGUUUAAACCAAUGCUAUUGGACUUUGGUUGGUUACGAAGGUGCAGAAAGGGGCUAGACACGAGGGCACUGGAGGAAGCCAUGGGCCAGGCACUCCUUACUCUUCAUUUGAAGCAGCAAUACGUUCUUUUUAUGGAAUGGUUCCGUUGUUUCUCCAAGCGUGGUACUGAAUGCCCUAAUCUUAGUAAAGCCUUCCAGAUUUGGUGGCGUCGAUCAUUCCUUAGAGGUUCUGAAUCUUAUGCUAUGGAAUUCAGGUAACUGGUUGGUACCACACUAAGUUUUCUCGUGCCAUGUAAUAUUGCAGUGUUGUAGCUUAUAUGUGGUAGAUUAACCAUGUAUGUAGAAGUAAGUAUUAAAAGGCUUUAAGAGCUAUCAAUGGCAUAGUAACAAGUUCAUAUUGCAGCAUUCUGUGUAAGAAGUUAAAUUAAGAGACUUCACCAUAUUUUUGACUA